AUGGACAUUCCAGAGUUAAAAGGACCCUCAAUGGUGAUGCAAAACAUCCUUCUGAAAUGGCUCAGUUGUCUACUGUGUGGGAAAGCAGAAAAAAGGAGAAUUUUGUUGUGCUAUCACUCCCGGGAUGAGGGCAAUGUCAAAAAGUUUUUGAAGAGUUUACAUAACAUCAAAGCUGAAGUCAUCGGGAAAAACGAAAGCGAGGCUAGAGACGAUGACGACGACUACAAUAAUUUCAGUAAAGGAAUCGUCCUCAUCUGUCUGUCCAAAGAAUACGUGGUCAGUCAGGCGUUUGAGAAAGAUUUUCGGUUGGCAUCUAUGAGAGGAAAUGAGCUUUCGUUGACAACGUUUGAUCCAAUGGUGUCACAAUGGCAAAACUACCAGAACAAUCUAUUGGUCUUUGACAAAGUUUAUAGACCUUCAGUGUUUACCUUACGUAAAACCCAAGAAGGAAGCAAAAAGUACAUAUAUAUAAGCAAUCACCCAAACAACGCCAGGGAAGUUAACAAAAUUUGUGCAAUAUUAAAAAAAUAUGAUGUUGAGUGCUCUAUCAGUAAAUACCGCACCCUCGCAGAAAUAGACAAUGACGUCAUGCAUCAACUUACAGAAGAUCUCAGUAUAGCAACGCAUCAUCUCGUGUUUUUAUCACGUGAUUAUAUACAGGAUGAGUUUUGCCAAUUCGAACAAAGAUUGAUUCGCAACAUAGGAAAACGAUUCCGCAUUUACUGGGACAAACAGAUCGAUAUUUUGCCGUUGGACUUAAAUAAAAUAUGGAUAGUUCCAUACGAAGACGACGACUUGCUUUUGGAAGUUUCAUUAAAACACACCUUUAUUUCAAGAGCUGAAGAGAAAAUAGUACUCAUAAGCACAACAGACAAAAAUUUGGCAGAGGAACUUCAGAAAGAAUUGAGAAAAAUAUACAAACACCAUGAAAUUUAUUGGACAUUGGGUUUGGACAAAAAUAGAAAAUACACCCUCAUUGCAGAUUGUGAAAUUUUCAUCGCCUGUUUGUCCAAUAUCUACUUUGAUGAUGUCACUUGCAGAAAGGACAUUGAAUUCGCAAACGCUUUAUGGAAAAGAAUCCUUCCUCUGGAUAUAAAUGAGGGAAGUCGUCGGAGGCGACCCGAAUGGCUGAUUAGGAUUGUGGGUACCCAUCGCUACCCACACAAUCUACAGGACCAUUUUGACGAACUUCAUGCAGCACACGCAAACAAUUGGAAAGAAGAAGAGUGGAUUCGAAAAAGAAUUCAAGUACCUUGUCAACCAAGCAUUGACACGUCCCUACCUUCAAUAAACGAAACCAUGACCAUGACAGACGCCUAUGGAAAUGUUGAGGUUUUUGCAGAAGGUGGCCUUGAGCAUUAUAUUGCCCAUUACGUUCGACUCAGUACCACAACUUCUUUGAAUAUUGUUUCGUCCCUCCUGAUGAGACACUGGGGGCUAAAGCGACCCCAGCUUCUGAUUUCAAUCACGGGGGAGGGGUCAGGGAUCUUGAGUGACCCCAUGAAAACCAGAUUCUUUACCUCGGCAUUUGAAAACAUCGUGAAAGAAAGUGGGGUGUGGUUUACGACGGAUGGUGCUACCUCAGAAAUCUCAAAGGUCAUAGGUCAAGUUGUGGAAAAAGAGGAUGUGAAUGAGCGACCGACGGUGAUAGGAAUUGCAUCAUGGGAAUUUUUGAAAAUGAACCACUCUUUGAUGCUAAAAAACGGCUUCGGGCGCUGGCCGGCCCAGUACAAUACACGGGAGGCAGCUGCUGCCACGGGAGACUACUACCUCAACCCCUUCUGUACACACUUCUUGUUGCCUGUAAAAAGCAUAGAAGUCAAAAACGGAAUAAGUAAUCAAGUCUCUACUGCCAAAUUCAGGGCAGAUUUGGAGGAAUAUAUUCGUCGUGGCAGAUUCAAAAUCAACAAACCAGAGGACGACAUGUCUGUGACUGUCCCCUCAGUACUUCUGGUGGUAGAGGGCGACCAAUACCAGUCCGUCAGUAUGAUCCGACGGUCACUCGACGCCCAACGUUACGUCAUUGUCUUUAAGGGGACCGGUGGGUUAGCUGAUACAUUAGCUGAUGUUCAUGAAAAUAGACUGAGGUCACAUGACGGUAAAAUUAUGGAAAUUAUAAACCACGAGAACAACAAAGAGUUUCUCAGAUUUGUCGACAUAAACGACGAAACGCAUCAACUAGAGGGCGUCCUAAUAGAAGAUUUACUGAGAGACAUCGUCGAUUCUAAUGAGAAGAAAUUGUUUCUCGCCCUGGCAUUUAACAACAGUGACAAAGCAAUGCAACAUGUAUUCGCCUCGCAUAGACCCGACUUAACGGACACUUUCAAGAACGAUCUGAUGAUACAAGCAAUGCGAGACGGCAAGCGCGAGUUUGUGAGGCUUCUAAUCAAGGAGUGCGUGGACAUUCACAGGUUUCAGAGGAGCAAUUACCAGCAGCUCUUCCAGGCGGAUCGAAUUCCAGAUGAACUGAAAAGACAGGUGGGCUGGGGAGUGGACCCAACUGUAGACAACAUCAUGCGCUUUGUUGUCAGGUCGCUACAGAUGGACGUAUUUGUCAGCUACGGAUUGAACGAAAAGAGCGAUCAGGAACGCUUGAUGACAUUUGACAACGAGGGUCUGGUCAAGACUCUCAAGUUUCUAGCAUCGUUUGAGCGCGCAGAAAAUCAGUCCGACCCUUACUUCUAUCUCAUGAUUUGGGCAAUACUCAUGAUGAAUCAACAAGACAUUGCAAAAUUCUUUUGGCAACAUUGCAAGGAACCGAUUCCGUCAGCCCUAAUAGCUUCCGGAAUUUACCGAGUACUCAGAAAGAACUGCCAACCAGCAAACAGGCUUUUAGCAGACAAAUUAUUUAAAGCAGAAAAAGAGUUUCAGGACUUGGCAUGUGGCGUCUUGAAUCAAUGCUACACAGAUCAUCCGGAUGAAACUGAUCGUAUACUGACAAGAAAACGCCCGCGGUGGCGCAAUCUUACGUGCCUAGAAAUAGCGUACCAAAUGAAAGUCUAUUCCUUCAUGUCCCAGGAGGCUUGCAAAAUCCCUAUCAACCGGGUCUGGUUUGGGAAAAUUUCAGCCGACAACAGUGCAAUACGGAUGGUGAUGUCAGUAUUUAUAUUGGGACUCCUUCCUUUUGUGCUUCGAUUUGACAGAUCCGAUAAACGAAAAGCGAAAGAAAAUACAUGUAUGACGAAAAUUGGGAAUCGCAUCUACAAUUUCUACACUGCCCCGAUUAUGCGCUUCUCACAUACAAUGGCGUCCUAUAUUGUAUUCUUGGGCUUCUUUAGCUACGCUCUUCUGACCGGCUUUGGAAAUGAAGUGACCUGGGUCGAAAUCCUGAUGUAUGUUUGGGUAUUCUGCUUGAUGCUGGACGAACUACGAGAGCUUAUAUAUGCAAUGGCAGACUUAAAGAAACGGCUAGGUCCAAAUUUCUUUUCGGAGCGACCUUAUGCGGUGCAAGUGUAUUUCUUAGACAAGUGGAACUAUUUUGACAUCACCAUCCUUUGCUUCUUUACAAUCGGUGUAAUAUUAGACUUACUUGGGUACUAUGAAACCGUGGAAGUCGGCCGGGUCUUCCUGGCUAUAAGUUUAAUAGCCUUCUUUAUGCGUAUCCUGAAAGCCUUCUCAGCUCUUGAAGAGUUAGGACCAAAAGUUUGGAUGAUUGCUUCUAUGGCGAAGGAUCUCCUUUAUUUUGUGGUGAUUUUGAUGCUGUUUGUGGUGUCUUAUGCUGUUGCUGCUUACGCAAUAAUGUAUCCUCAAUCUGAAUUAAGUGUUGACUUAUUUUUUAACGUCUUGCGCCUUGGAUACUGGAAUCUUUAUGGAGAGUUACUUCUGGAUGACAUUGAGGCGGAAGAGCCGGACUGUACAUUCGAUGCAGCGGUGUAUAACAGCGGGGCCCUCCCAAGGUGCGCUGAGAAGCACCGGCGGGUCAUUGGACUGGUGUUGAUGGGGAUCUACCUGAUAUUUGCCAACGUCAUGCUCCUUAAUAUUCUUAUAGCCAUGUUUACUGACACUUAUCAAAGGAUACAGACCAAAAGGGAUCACAAAUGGAACUAUGAGAGAUACGCCUUAGUGCGAGAGUUCAAGAGGGUUCCGAUUUUCCCGAUGCCUCUCGGAAUACUUCUGCUUUUCUUCAAUUUUGUCAAAGGAAUAUACAAGACAUGUCGAAAAUGUAACACUGUAGAGAACUAUGACAAAGAAUUACUGGUAUCGUUAAAAUCCAACGACAUGAUGUUCAGCCUGGAGAGAGAGAUGGUUUAUCUGUACAUGAAGAAGCGCAGUGAGGACACCGCCUACUCAGCCCUCACCGAGGAGCGGAUAGCUAAGAUUGUGGCCAUGCAGGUUGAGAAGAAACUGCAUAGGCUUCAGAGCAUACCAAAUGACAACGUUCUUAAGGGAACAACAUAAGAGAUCAUGCUCCUCGGUGGUUUUGUUCUUUUAUUUCAACAAAGGAUCAUUUCAUUGAAUGUUUAUCAAAUAUACAUUAAGUUUGGCAUGAAUUUUUCAAUAUAAAAAAUGGAUGUUAAUAUAACUGUAUGAUUGUAUGAUAAAAAAAGAUUUUAUUUAAAUACAAUGAACUAACUCUGACCUCAGCAAGUUUCCUCAAGCCAAUGCCCAAUUUUUAUAAUAAUUUUAGAUUGAAAUCUUGCUGCAGUUUAAUGGUAUUUUAAUACUAGAAUUGCCCUGCACUUUGAGAUGAUCGGAACGGUACACUUUGUCGUUUAACUGUAUUCCACCUGUAUCUCAAACGACCGUGCAGUGAGCGACCAGCGCGCUGCAUGGUUCCGUUCCUAAUCGAAAGCAAGAUUUUUGUCUUGCCUAGAUGGCGGCGUAGUUAGAGCGGUGGCCGCUCAUUGCUAGGAGAGUGGGUUCCAGAGGUCGUGAGUUCAAGCCUCUGUGCUUUAUUUUUAUCUAUAUCCUUCUCGAUGGGCAGGUAUAUGUUAAUUUGAGAGUUAUUGCAAUGUUUGUGCUUAUAUAUAUAUAUAUAUAUAUAUAUAUAUAUAUAUAUAUAUAUAUAUAUAUAUAUAUAUAUAUAUAUCACUGACAGUGAACGCUACGCAUUGAUGCCAUGUAAUUUGGUUUGUGCAUUAACUAAAAACUUAGACUAUGAACUUACAUGUAAAUCUUUUACUGGGGAUACUCCGUCCAUUUUAUUUAUAAUUCGAGAAAAACAUGUAUCUUUUGAGUCAUAUUAAGCAUUAUCUGUGAUGUGUUUUGAUUUUGUCAUUUUAAUGAAAGCUUAGACGUGUGUGUAUAUAUGUGCAAAUAUGUUAUACCCGGUAUGUUAUAAAACGCCUUUUUCUUACCGUAUUUACCGGUUGUCUGUGAUAUUUUAUACAUAACAAUGUUUAUAUUUUCUGACUCUCAAUAAAAAGAUCAUCAAAUUCA